AGAACCUGGCUAACCCGCUCGACCUCCGACAUCCAUCAUCCAUAAGCAUCCGAUUUAUAAUCUUGUUUCCAACCCGAACGGUUUGGCUCCCGACUCAAUACGGACCCCUCCUGAAUAAACCAACCCCUUUCCCUCUCGGUACAUCGGGAGGCAGAUUUUGCCGCCGAACAUCUCAACAACGGUCUACGGUGCGCUGCGAUUGGGCCCUGCAACGUCAAAUUGGACAAGGAAAGAACGAAGACCGAGGGAAGGGCAAGAAGGAGGAGGAAAAGAAGCAAGUACGAAACUCUCAAUCUUUUGCAGACGAAGAAUGCCGAGAAGGAAGAAGAUCAACCUGCUCUUAUUCGUUUUCUUGCGAUAGAUGGCUAGCUCUCAACACCGCUGUGUUUUCGUUGGGAAUAUACCAUAUGAUGCGACUGAAGAACAGCUUAUACAAAUAUGUGAAGAGGUUGGACCGGUUGUGUCAUUUAGAUUAGUUAUUGAUAGAGAAACUGGGAAACCAAAAGGUUAUGGGUUCUGUGAGUACAAGGAUGAAGAGACAGCUCUAAGUGCUCGCCGCAAUCUCCAGGGUUAUGAAAUUAAUGGCCGUCAAUUACGGGUUGACUUUGCUGAAAAUGAUAAAGGUGCUGAUAGAAAUCGUGAACAGGGUCGUGGUGGGCCAGGGUUGACUUCAAAUGUUGAUACUCAAAAACAAGUAGGUGGCCCGGCAAUUUUUGGGGAUUCUACUCUCCAUCAGCCAAUUGGCCUCCCAUUGGCUGCCACUGCUGCAUCAGUUAUGGCAGGAGCACUAGGUGACGUUCAGACUGGUGGCAUGUCCUCCAAGCAAACUGGUUUGCAAAAUCAGUCUGGUGUGAUCAAUGAUCCUUUAACCCAUUAUCUGGCUAAAAUGUCUAAACAUCAGUUGCAAGAGGUUAUGUCAGAGAUGAAGGCAAUGGCUACACAAAAAAAGGAACUGGCUCGCCAACUACUGGUAGCAAGUCCACAGUUGUCAAAAGCUCUUUUUCAGGCACAGAUAAUGCUAGGUAUGGUGACACCUCAAAUGCUACAGAUGACAAAUAUUCGUCAGUCUACUGUUUCACAGCCUCCGGUGCAAGAUGGUCUUCACAGCCAGCAGCAGGCAGCACUUCCAUCUCAUCCUCCAGUUCCUCAAGGUGCUUUGUACACUAACCAGACCUCUGCAAUUCCACAACAGCAGGUUCCUAUGCAACAUCGAUUUCAGCAUCCACAACAAGCACAAAGUCAAGUUCCGUUACAGACAACAAUUGUAGGCCAGUCUGGAAUUUCAACAGUUCCAUCCAUACAGCCACAGCCUUUCACUGGUUUGCCUCCUCGACCACAAACACAAGCUGUAGCAACUUCCACUGCUCUGAAGCAGCAGAUGCAGCAAGCUCUACUACAACACCCUAGACAAGUUGGAACUGCAAAUUUGGGGCAUACUUCUCAGUUGGUUCUUCCAAAUGCAGCUCUUCAGCAUCCUUCACUCUUGCCUCGUCCUCCACUGGCACAACAGAGCUUUCAGCCUGUGUCGUCAGUAUUAUCGGGUGGACCAGAGACGAUUCACAAAGAUGCUGAAAGAGCUACUCAAGCUACUGAUGAUGCAACUUGGAUUCCCAGAAGCAUAGCUGGUGACGGAUCAGAUCCAACGAUUCAUCCAUCCAAACUGGCGAGGUUGGAAGAUGGAAGGAGUGCUUCUCACAGUAUGAUUAGCAAGAACACUUCUGUUACAACUGGGCUAACUCAAGUUGUUGGAACUGGCCCAUUAUCUGCAAACCAAGUUGCUAGUGAAGGGGUGCAACAUUCUGAAAAUCAAGUUCCUCAGUUACAGCUUCCACCUGAAGUGGAAUCUGCUUUACUGCAGCAAGUGAUGAGUUUGACAGCAGAGCAAUUGAGUUCAUUGCCUCCAGAGCAGCGGCAACAAGUGAUUCAGCUCCAACAAAUGCUCCGUUGAGUUCACCAAGAUGCUCUUUCUGGAAUGUCAUAUCAGUGGGCCUCAAAUGAAACCAUUAUGAUCAGUGAUCCUCCCUUUCCCUUUGGGCCUUGGCUGGUUGUCAAUUGUCAUCUUCCUGAAUGGACUGAAAUUGAUUAAUGAUGGAUCAGGUUCUGAAAAAGCCAAGGGAAAGGGUGGUUAUGUAACAAUAAUGAGAUUGUUAAUAGCAGCUGUGGUAGAGAGAAUUGCAAAGAAAAUAUAGUUCUGGAUUCUUUUCUUAGGGAAGGCUCAAAACUCUGGGCCUACAGAUUGCCUUGGCUGCAAUUUUGCCAUUUUGAACAACCCUUAUUGUUUCCAUACAUGAGAUGAAGUUAAAUAAGACUCAACUUGUCAAUUUAUUCAGUUGUAUCUGCUUUGCACUUUCACAAGGCAUAUUCAUAACUUUUCUCCCCUUUUUUAAAUGAAAGACACCCUCUCCACUUCGAAACU